AUGGAGGAGGAGGGUGAGAAGAAUAGCGCCGAUCUCAAUCCCUAUUGCUCUCUCUGGCAACCGCCUCCCUUUGUGAUCCCAAAUACUGCCUUCUUGAGUGCAUUUCUGCCUGAAGGAAUUUUGCUAGACGAUGGGGAUUUUGUUGCAGAGUCGAUGAAGGUGAUCAAAAGUGAGGAUGAUUACUGCGGAGAGAGCAGGCCGGCGAGAAAUACCUCGUCGAAUUCCUGUAAUGGCAGUGCCCCUGCAGCUUCGGCAAAUGCGAUUGUCAAAGGCCAAUGGACAGCUGAGGAAGAUUGCAUGUUAGUUAGAUUGGUGAAGCAACACGGCGUGAGGAAAUGGUCUCAGAUUGCUAAGAACUUGGCUGGAAGGAUCGGGAAGCAGUGCAGAGAAAGAUGGCACAAUCAUCUACGACCGGACAUCAAGAAGGAUACGUGGACAGAGGAGGAGGAGAGGCAAAUGGUGCAAGCGCACGUGAGGUACGGCAACCGAUGGGCCGAGAUCGCGAAGCACAUCCCUGGCCGCUCAGAGAACUCCAUCAAAAACCACUGGAACGCCACGAAGCGCCGGCUCAACGCCAAGCGAAGGAGAAAAGGGUCAAAAGCUUCUGCCGCCAAGGCCGCCGCGGCCUGCAGCGGCGUCCUUCAAGACUACAUCCGCACCAAAUUACUCGAUCACUCGCAAGCAGCCGGCACGGUCGUGAUGCAUGGCUCCGCGAAAGGCGAUAUGGAGGGAUCCGUGUUCCCUGAUGUUUUCCGUGAUCCGACAUUCGAUAGCUUUCCGAGCAUCCUCGACGAUGACUUGAUCCGAUGCACGCUGAUGCCUGAUCACGCGUCGCCUGAUGCAGCGUUUUACCGAGCCUUGGAAAGUGGUUCCGGCAGUCACCAUCAUCCGGACGGAGCCGCGGCAAAUGACGUGAAUUAUAUCGAGACGAUGGAUGGUUACAGUCCUGGCGGUUCCAAGAGAGAUUUGGAUCUGGUGGAGAUGUUGACGCUGCAGUUCUCUUCUCAGAGUAGCAGCGGCAACAGUGCUACUGCGUUACUGAGCGCUAACCGAUCAUAA